AUGCCUCGCAAUGUUGUGCGUAUUUUAACAUGGAUCGAUCAGUUUGAUCAUGCUGAUAUUCUUUUUCAAGGCAAUAAUGAUUCCCAAUUUCUAAUUAUAAUACCGAAUAAACAAAACUCGAUCGAUCUCAGAACUGCAUCGUUCAGCCGUGCUAGCAUUGAUCUAGCUGACAGUAUAUUACUCAGGCAAGGUUCGCUUAAUUAUACCAACGCUGGUGGUUGUCAAUUUACUACUUGCUCUGUUGAUCGUCAUCUUGAUUUGCUAGUCGCACUAGGCGGUGAGAGUGAUGAUAGUCAAAUUUACCAUCUACGCAGAGAUUGA